CGGCGCGGCGCAGUCGGCUCUAGCGGUCUCGUAACGGAGAGUUGUCCGCGGCCGAGCCGUCCUCCGCCCGCCGUCGCCGGGCUGCGCCGCCGCCGCCGUCGCCAGGACGCGCCGCCGAGCCCCUCGUCGCCUCCAGCCCCGAGGCCUCCGUCCCCCUCACCUUCCGCACGCCCACCAUGACGAAGACUGAGAAGAAGUCCUUCCACCAGAGCCUGGCCGACUGGAAGCGGUUCGUCUACAACCCUGCCAGCGGAGAGUUCCUGGGGCGCACCUCCAAGAGCUGGGGUCUGAUCUUGCUCUUUUACCUAGUUUUUUAUGGGUUCUUGGCUGCACUCUUCUCAUUCACAAUGUGGGUGAUGCUCCAGACUCUGAAUGAUGAGGUUCCGAAAUACCGAGACCAGAUUCGUAGUCCAGGACUAAUGGUUUUUCCAAAACCACUGACUGCCUUGGAAUAUACAUACAGUAUGUCUGAGCCAAGUACUUAUAAACAUUUCAUUGAAGACCUGACGCAGUUUCUGAAGCCAUAUUCUGUAGAUGAACAGAAGAAUCUCACGAACUGUCCUGACGGAACACUUUUUGAGCAGAAGGGUCCAAAUUAUAAUGCAUGUCAGUUCCCAGUUUCCUUGCUUCAAGAAUGUAGUGGUGUGCAUGAUGCUGAUUUUGGCUAUUCCAAAGGACAACCUUGUGUUCUUGUGAAAAUGAACAGAAUAAUCGAGUUAAUUCCAAAAGGACUUCCACAGAUAGUAUGUGACACAAAGGAUGCAAACGUAGCAAAUAUAUCAACUUAUCCUGAUGAUGGAGUUAUAGACUUAAAGUAUUUUCCGUAUUAUGGGAAAAAACGGCACGUUGGGUACCGACAGCCUCUGGUUGCCGUCCAGGUCAUCUUUGAUUCUAGUGCUACCAAGAAAGAAGUAACAGUUGAGUGCAAAAUUGAAGGAACAGAGAACCUAAAAAACAAGGACGAACGUGACAAGUUUCUGGGACGAGUUAUGUUCAAAGUCACAGCACGUGCCUAGGAGUAGAGCGUCUCCACAGAAUAAAUGUUGUGCUGUCUCCAUUUUGUAUCAGCUGGACCUGCCGUUCUAGGAUUAUGAGGCCACCUUGGAGGAGGAGGUGGUGUGGUCCACACACUGGGGUGACAUCAUAACGUGCUUCCAGAUCAUAGUGUUGAGUGUUCUGACGUAACUCCUGCUUCCUGUGCUGCCCUUUGGACCAGUGUCCGGUCACAGAUAGGGACCAGUGAGCUCCCGACCCCAAACAUGCAGAGUUGGGGGGAGGGCUCACCUGUGUGUAAUUGCCAAAUGUCUAAAGCUUUCUGUGCUGUGCUGUGUAAAUAUUUUAUGGAUUUAACACUGGUAACUGUCAUAUUUUGAUGCCAACAAAGUUUAGGGAUAAAAUGGUACCUUACCAACAUCAAGUGACUAUAGCUGCAAGAAAUGUGUGAGAAGUUCUGUAUGUGAGGAGGAAAAACAAAAUAAAAGUGGAUUUGAAAGUA